GGACGGACGCCACGACUGAUCACUACCACGACGUGACGAACACAAAGAUGCCAUUAAUAAAAAUCCGGAUUUACUGCUCGGCUCUUAUCUUCCGGGAUAUACUCAUAGCCACCGAAGUGAUCAGAGAUGGAAGACUCGGUUCCUAUCGAUACCAGAGUUUUGGCAAAGAUUUCGAUAAAAUCCAAUCAAAUGAGUAUUACUUGGGUUUAGGAAAGGGUCGGGACUUGUCGUCACUCGAGUGGACGGACGCCACGACUGAUCACUACCACGACGUGACGAACACAAAGAUGCCAUUAAUAAAAAUCCGGAUUUACUGCUCGGCUCUUAUCUUCCGGGAUAUACUCAUAGCCACCGGUAAAAUACCGCCAUUUUCUAACAUAUCUGAGCAACAAAUUGGUCACGAGUUUGCCGGCCGUCGGGCCGAUACCGGCGAACGGGUUGUGGGUUUAAAUUACGGCAAGAGUGUGACCACCAGUACUCGAGUGGAGCCGUAUUUGUUCACAACAAUACCCGACAACUGGUCUAUGGAAGAGGCGGUCACUAUAUUGAGCCCGUAUUUCACGGUAUGGUAUGGAUUGAUAGAGAGGGCACAUAUCAGGCGAGGUGUGGGUCAGGCGGCCAUUAAUGUGUGCCAACACUACGGCUGCGAUAUAUACGCGACGGUCGGCACCGAAGAGAAGAAACAGUUUCUCAUAAAUACAUACAAAAUACCGGCGAAGAAGAUAUUGUCGUCGAGAAGUACUCAAUACAAGAGUCAAGUGAUGCGCGCGACUGCCGGACGGGGAGUGGAUUUGGUGCUCAACUCUUUGGCCGGCGAUAUGUUUGACGCGAGCUAUGAGUGUGUGGGCACAGGAGGACGGUUUGUGGAGUUGGGAAAAAUGGAUUUCUUUCAGAACCGAAAGCUCCCGAUGUAUAACCUAUUGAGGGAUUUGUGUAUUAUUUGCGUUUCGCUGGACGAGAGUGUUAUGGCCCGGGAGUACAUAUUUGACGCGUUUUACGCUUGGGUUCACCAGAACUGCACCAAUGGUUGCGUAAAACCGUUGAAUCGGACGGUAUUUCCGGCCGCAGACGCGGAGAAGGCUUUCCGAUACAUGACUACCGGUAAACAUAUCGGGAAAAUAGUUAUCCGUAUUCGUGAAGAGGAGGCGAACCGAAAGCCGUGGAAACUUAUAAAACCGGCCAAUAAUAUGAUUGUCAGUACAAAGACUUACUUCAAUCCCAAUAAGACUUAUAUAAUAACUGGAGGUUUGGGUGGCUUUGGGUUAGAGUUGUGUCAAUGGAUGGUAUAUAACGGGGCGAAGAGAUUGGUGUUGACCUCCCGUUCGGGCAUUAAAAAUAAUUACCAGAAAUAUAUUAUCAAUCGUUUGAAAGCUUUCGGCAAAACAAACAAAACUUUUGAGAACGAAGUAAUCGUCUCUUCGGCCGACUGUUUCACUAUUGAGAGCGCAAAACAACUGCUAAAUGAGUGCAAAGGGUUGGGCGCACCCAUCGGUGGUGUCUUUCAUUUGGCCCUCGAGUUAAACAAUUGUCUCUUCAGUGAAAUAUCUUUCGAUGCAUUUAUGAGAACCGUUGACAUCAAAGAGAAGAUAUGCAAGAAUUUGGAUCAAUUGAGCCGAGAAUUGGACUAUAAUUUAGACCAUUUUGUGGUGUUUUCGUCGGUAUCGGUGGGAAUGGGAGUCGAGGGACAACUGAACUAUACUUAUGGUAACUCUAUUUGCGAUCGCAUUUGCGAACAGAGACAGAGGGACGGCCUGUCGGGUCUGGCCAUACAGUUUGGUCCGAUCGGUGACGUCGGCGCUAUGCAUGAGAUGACACAAGUGUUCGCAUUCAUGACAACUCAGAAACAACGGAUCCAUUCGUGUUGUGAAGUAUUGGACAAACUAUUGGCCGUUCAAUAUCCGGUCGUAACCGUAAAUGUGAAAACGGUUGAGACAUCAAUCUUAAAACUGGAUACGAGUGCCAGAGAGGGCUCGAAAUCAUUUAUUAAUAAUUUGUGGCGAUCUCUGGGUAUCGAUCCGACGGCCACUCCGGCGGACAUGACUUUAGGGGAGAUCGGAAUUGAAUCCAUAUUUGCCUCAGAAUUACAGCAAGAAUUGGCAAAACUCUGUAAUCAAACGAUUCACUUGAAAAUUAUUAAACACAUGUCUGUCGGACUCCUUCGGGACUUUGAGUCCGGAGGCGAUCACACCAUUAAAGCCUAUUUUAAUGGUAUAAAAAGGGCUCAAAUAUCGCUCUCAAAGUAUAAGUUUGUGAUUCCUGUGGAAACACACGUCAGACUCAAUAGUGUCUCAAACGGAAAGCCAUUGUAUUUAAUGCCGACUCUGGAGAUGGGGUUUGCAUUGUAUGACAAUUUGGCCCAAAAUAUUAACCGACCGGUCGUUGGACUCAAUUGGACUCCAGAUGUGAACAAAUUGUUGACUUUGAAGGAAGUGAUGAAAUACUUUGCAGAUUUAAUGGCAAGACUUGAACCAAAUGGUGGUUACGAUGUGUUGGGAUCGACGGACGGAGCGAUCAUUUGUGGCCAACUCUUACGGAAAGGUUUGGCAGAGAAGGCGGUUAUGAUUGAUGUGCUGUCGAAACAGCGCUUCCGA